AUGGGAUACUACGACGACGACGUUUCCCGUGACGGUGCCCACCACGCCGUCCGCGUCGUUGAGCCCCGCAGCAGCGGUCGCAGAAGCGCCGACACCGUGCCCAUUCCCUGCAACUUCAUUCGCAUCGGCGACAUCUUGAUCCUCCAGGGCCGUCCCUGCCAGGUCAUCCGUAUCUCCGUGUCGCCCCAGACCGGCCAGCACCGCUACCUCGGUGUCGAUCUCUUCACCCGCCAACUGCAGGAGGAGUCCAGCUUCGUCUCCAACCCCUCUCCCUCCGUUGUUGUCCAGACCAUGAUUGGCCCUGUCUACAAGACCUACCGCAUCCUCGACAUCCGUGAUAACCAGAUCGUCGCCAUGACCGAGACCGGUGAUGUCAAGCAGGGCAUCCCAGUUGUUCCUCAGGGCGAACUCUUCAGCAAGAUCAAGGCAGCCUUCGAGGACGGACACGGCAGCGUCCGUGCUCUGGUCAUCAACGAUGGUGGUCGUGAGCUCGUUGUGGACUACAAGGUUAUCCAGUCUUCCCGUCUGUAG